CCGCGCUAAUCCUAAAUCCGUGUUCGGAGAGAGAACGCGGCGGAGCCAAUGGGAGCGGAGUUGUGCUGUGCCGUGCCUGGGUAAACAGGCUCACGGAGCUCGUAGCUGUGCGGAGCCGGGCGCUGCAGAUGUGGCUGGCGGAGAGCGCUGCGCUGGGCCGGCACUGUUCGUCUGAGGAUCUCCAAGCACUCCAUGAACUUCUAGCCUCACAUUUCCCCUGUAAGGAAGAUUGGCUUAACUAUAGCCCAGGCUCUUAGUGACCAAAAAUUUACCGCUGUCUGGCUGCUGCUCAUUGAUCUAACCUGUGGGCAUUGGACGCACUCUCCUUUCGAGCAGACGAAUGACGGCUCACGACUGGCAGUUGACAGAGGCACUGUAUGAGAGACUGAUGAUGAUCACAUUCAUGAACAGUUCAGACAGUGAAGAGGAAGCCUGCAAUGAGAGAACAUCGCUGAUAUCAGCAGAGAGCCCUCCUGCAGCCUCCUACCAGGAUGGGCUGCAAGCACCAGAAGCAGUGGAGACGCAGACGUACAGGAAGAGGCAUACUGGUGGCAGUUGUAGCCCUAGUGAUGCUGACAGCGGUAAUUCUGACUCAGGACUUCCAGUAAGAGACAUUGCUGUGGACAAUAAGGAGGAGGAGGAACUGACCCUGAAAUAUGGAGCAAAGCAUGUGAUCAUGCUCUUUGUGCCUGUCACGCUGUGUAUGAUUGUUGUCGUUGCCACCAUAAAGUCAGUGCGCUUCUACACUGAGAAAAAUGGGCAGUUGAUCUACACCCCUUUUAGUGAAGAUACACCUUCCGUGGGCCAGCGUCUCCUGAACUCCGUGCUGAAUACCAUCAUAAUGAUCAGUGUUAUCAUCGUGAUGACAGUGUUCCUAGUUGUGCUGUAUAAAUAUCGUUGUUACAAGUUUAUCCACGGUUGGCUGAUUCUUUCAUCACUGAUGCUGCUGUUCCUUUUCACCUACAUCUAUCUAGGCGAAGUGCUGAAGACCUACAAUGUGGCUAUGGAUUACCCCACCUUGUUCUUUGUCAUCUGGAAUUUUGGAGCUGUUGGGAUGAUUUGUAUCCACUGGAAGGGUCCCUUGCACCUCCAGCAGGCCUAUCUUAUUAUGAUCAGUGCGCUGAUGGCAUUGGUUUUCAUUAAAUAUCUACCCGAAUGGUCAGCGUGGGUCAUUCUAGGAGCUAUUUCAAUUUAUGAUCUGAUCGCUGUGCUGUGUCCCAGAGGGCCACUGAGAAUGCUGGUAGAAACUGCACAGGAGAGAAAUGAACCUAUAUUUCCUGCACUAAUAUAUUCUUCUGCUAUGGUGUGGACAGUAGGAAUGGCAAAGCCAGACUCUGCAUCAAGGGACCUUACUCAGCAGACAUGGGAUUCAGCUGAAGACAUGAGAGAGAUCAAUGACAAUCCUGCAUACGUGGAGUCUGAAAUCUCCGAGGCCAGGAGUCCAGCUCCAACCCAUCCAACCACUUCCUUAUUAGAGGAGCUGGAAGAGGAGGAAAGGGGUGUCCCUACCACUGCCCCACCCCUGUACGUGGACUCCUGCAAGGGGGGAGUCUCAUGCAACGGGGAUGAGGAUUUUGGGGAUGAGGAAGAUAGCGCACACCAGGCAAGCGGAGAAACCGUUCUCCCCAACAGCCAGGAACUGUUUAUCACCAUGGAUCCAAUACCCUCCCAACCCAGGCUCCCGACCUUGAAGGCGGAGAAGGUAGCUCUGCUGCAAAUGUUUCAACGCUGCGACUGGCAUCUCUGUCCCAGAGGUUAGGGCGGAUAAGAAGGUGAAAAAAACACUCACUAUGAAAUGUUCUCUGAGGUCAUGCAGUCCACCCAAACUGAAAGAGCCCAGCAGAAUGCAUGGAGGCAGACAAUGGCAGAGUCCAGAAAAUCACAAAAUGAACUCAAGGACAGGAGGGACGUGCGAGAGGAGAGGUGGCGGGAUCAAGAGGAAAGGUGGUGGCAGCAUGAUGAAAGGAGGCAGGAUACAAUGCUGAAGCUACUGGAGGAUCAAACUGAUAUGCUCUGGUGUAUGGUUGAGGUGCAGGAAAGGCACAGACCGCCACUGCAGCCCCUGUGUAAUCAACUGCCCUCCUCCAAGUUCCAUAGCCUCCUCACCUAAAUGCCCAGAACGCAGGGGGGCCGGCCCCCUCCAGGCACCCAACCACUUCACCCUAGAGGACUGCCCAAGCAACAGAAGGCUGGCAUUCAAUAAGUUUUGAAGUGCAGUGUGGCCUUAUCCUUCUCUCCUCCCCCACCCCUCCCAGGCUACUGUGGCAGUUAUCCCCCUAUUUGUGUGACGAAUUAAUAAAGACUGCAUGAAUUUGAAACAACAAUAACUUUAUUGCCUCUGCAAGCUGUGAUCGAAGGAGGGAGGGAAGGGUGGUUGGCUUACAGGGAAGUAGAGUGAACCAAGGGGGUGGGUUUUCAUCAAGGAGAAACAAACAGAACUGUCACACCGUAGUCUGGUCAGCUAUGAAACUGGCUUUCAAAGCUUCUCUGAUGCACAGCAUGCCCCGCUGUGCUCUUCUAACAGCCUUGGUGUCUGGCUUUGUGUAAUCGGGGGCCAGGCUAUUUGCCUCAACUUCCCACCCUGCCAUAAACGUCUCUCCCUUACUCUCUCAGAUAUUGUGGAGCACACAGCAAGCAAUAAUAACAAUGGGAAUAUUGGUUUCACUGAGGUUUGAGCAAGUCAGUAAAUUGUGCCAGCGUGCUUUUAAACGUCCAAAUGCACAUUCUACCACCAUUCUGCCCUUGCUCAGCCUAUAGUUGAACAGAUCCUGACUACUGUCUAGGCUGCCUAUGUAUGGCUUCAUGAGCCAUGACAUUAAAGGGUAGGCUGGGUCCCCAGGGGUAACUAUAGGCAUUUCAACAUCCCCAGCGGUUAUUUUCUGGUCUGGGAAUAAAGUCCCUUCCUGCAGCUUUUGAAACAGACCAGAGCUCCUGAAGAUGCGAGGAUCAUGUGCCUUUCCUGGCCAUCCCAUGUUGAUGUUGGUGAAACGUUCCUUGUGAUCCACCAGUGCUUGCAGCACCAUUGAUAAGUACCCCUUUUGGUUUAUGUACUGGCUGCCUUAAUGGCCCGGUCCCAAGAUAGGGAUAUGGGUUCAGUCUAUGGCCCCACCACAGUUAGGGAAUCCCAUUGCAGCAAAGCUAUCCACUAUAACCUGCACAUUUCCCAGAGUCACUACCCUUAAUAGCAGCAGCUCAGUGAUUUGCAGUGGGUACUUGGAUCACAGCAACCCCCACGGUAGAUUUGUCCACUCCAAAUUGAUUCCCGACUGACCGGUAGCUGUCUGGCAUUGCAAGCUUCUAGAGGGCUAUCGCCACUCGCUUGUGGACUGUGAGGGCUGCUCUCAUCUUGGUAUUCUUGCGCUUCAGGGCUGGGGAAAGCAAGUCACAAAAUUCCAUGAAAGUGCCCUUACACAUGCGAAAGUUUCACAGCCACUGGGAAUCAUCCCAGACCCACAACACUAUGCGGUCCCACCAGUCUGUGCUUAUUUCCCGGGCCCAGAAUUGGUGUUCCAUGGCAUGAGCCUGCCUCGUUGCCACCAGGAUGGCCAAAUUGCCGGAGCCUAUGCUUUGAGAGAAGUCUGUGUCCAUGUCCUCCUCGGUCUCCUCACCGUGCUGCCAUUGCCUCCUCACCUGCUUUUGUAAGUUCUGGUUCUGCAUAUGCUGCAUGAUCAUGCACGAGGUGUUUACAAUGCUCAUAACUGCCACAGUGAUCUGAGUGGGCUCCAUGCUUGCUGUGGUAUGGUGUGAGCAGGCGAGCAGAGUGGCAGCAGAAGUGGUCAUUCAGUGACGAUGGUUUGCAGACCUACUGCACCGUCUGCUCCCAGGACACAACAGCUAAGUGGGCUGCAUGCUUGCCGUGUUAUGGCGAGACAAGAGCAGCCGAGCAGAGUUUCAGUGGAAGUGGUCCUGUGAGACCACCAGGAGAGCAGAGUCGCAGCGGAAGCGGCAACCCAUGAGACACAACAUGGAGAAAUUCACUAUCAAGACAAGAGCAGGAAAGCAGAGUGGCAGUGGAAGCGGUGGUUCGAUGACAAUGGUUAGCAGUCCUACUGCACUGUCUGCUGAAAGCAGUAUGGCGCCUGCGCGGAAAAAAGGCAUGAAACGAUUGUCUACCAUUGCUCUCACGGAGGGAGGGGCGACUGAUGACGUACCCAAAAUCACCCGCGACAAUGUUUUUGCCCCAUCAGGCAUUGGGAGCUUAACCCAGAAUUCCAAUGGGCAGCGGAAACUGUGGGAUAGCUACCCACAGUGCAACACUCCGAAAGCCGAUGCUAGCCUCAGUACUGUGGACGCACUCCGUUGACUUAAUGCACUUAGUGGGGACACACGCAAUCGACUAUAAAAUCGGUUUCUAAAAAUCGACUUCUAGAAAUUCGACCUAAUUUCGUAGCGUAGACAUACCCUUAGUUAUAAUUGGUGUAAGGGCGUUGCAAGUCUGGUAAUCAUAAGAUAUGCUGAUUUAAGCACUUUUUUAUCCUAGUAUAACUGCCUGUGCUAGGGAGUUGGACCCAUUUUAACUAUAUCUGUGUCUAAACCAGUAUAGUUAAACUGGUACAAAAUCUAUAUGUAGAGCAGCCCUUACCAUGCAAAUAUUUCCGAUUUAAUGGUGCCCACUGAGCUUGAGAAAGUGUCAUGUUGUGUGGGAUCCAACAGGCCAAACAAGAGUAACGCUGUAGCUGGUUGGAGAUUAGGUUUGCAGAGGGUGGGAGAAGAGAGGAAAUUCUUUCCAGUUGAAAUCUUCCAACCAGCUGAAGGUAAUUUUGACAGAGGAAAUGUCCUGGAGUUUUGUGCCUCUAUAGAGGAAAGUCCAUUGGCUUCUGUGAAGUGAAAAAGUAGGCUGUCUGUACAGGGAGGAUGCAAAUAACUGUGUCACGGAACGCUUUAAUGUUGUCAGCCUGGUGGUCUGAGUUGUUAGUCAAGAGUAGAAACUUUGACCAGUUGCACUGGAGGAGGGAGAAGGGAUGGGCGUAAAGCAAGAAAAACAGAAAGAAACAGGAGCACUGAUGUGAAAAUUUUUCACUUU